CUCCAAAUCAGCAGGAGUAUCGUGGAGUUAUUCAUUACUCCGUGGUAGAUUUAUUAUUUGAUGCUGUUUGAGAAACCCUUGAUCUUCUACCUUCCACUUUAUUUUCUCCCUUCAAUGCUUGCCGGUUCCCAUUUCUUCCCUUAUAUAACGUAGCUCACUUUCAGGGCAAUUGCCAAUCGCAGAUGGGUCUAUCAGCGCCUCGCAAGAGAACCAAGAUUUCUCAUGACCCCAAUAAUACAAACUGGUCGCGGUCGACCAGUGGAUUCGGACAUAAAAUCAUGAGCUCCCAGGGAUGGACUCCUGGGAGCUUCCUCGGCGCACGAGAUGCAGCGCAUGCUGACAUGUUCACCGCUGGGAGUGCAUCUCACAUUAAAGUGACGCUCAAAGAUGAUACCCUCGGCCUGGGAGCACGGCCGGGGCGUGACCUUCUGGGUGAACCCACCGGUCUUGAUGCUUUCAAGGGAUUGCUAGGUCGUCUCAACGGAAAGUCCGAUGCAGAAUUGGAAGCCGAUCAACAAAAACGGGAUGAAAUCAAGGUGGCUCAAUAUACUGCGACAAAAUGGCAGACAGUCAGAUUCAUAAGCGGCGGCUUGUUGGCUCAAGAAAAACCCAGUGCUUUGGACGCAGAAAAAUCAAGCAGCGACAAAAGCGCGGCCGAUGAUACCGAGCGUGAAGAUAAAUCAGACCGCCAAGAGAAGAAAAAGAAGAAGAAGAGUCGGCGUUGCGAGGCCGACGAAGGACUGUCCAAGUCUGAAAAAAGAGCCAAAAAGGACAAGAAACGAAAACAGCUUGAGGAUAUUGACAACAAAGAUGAUAGCCUAGACAAGGGCACCUCGGAUUCAAAUUCGGUAUCCACGGCCAGUCGAGGGGAGCCCAAGGAUUCAUCAUCGUCAGAUGUCAAACCAAUCUCGAGGGAACGCCGCCCAGUUGGACGACAGAUCUUCAGAAGUCGACAUAUUCAACAAAAAAAGAGGGCUGUCAUGGAUGACAAGUCUCUGAAUGAGAUAUUCAUGAUCAAAUCGUAACAUCGCUCGGACUUGACACAAUAAUAUCUCAAUCUUUAUGCCAGCUAUCUUGACUGGGUUGCGCCACAAUACUUGAAUGACCUUGUCAAUCUCGAUCAGCAAAAGACUAUAGAACAUACACAAAUCUUACGACCUUAGACCGUGGAAGCAUCUUGGUUAGGGGUGACAGACACACCUGGCUUUGACCGAGACGCACUGGCUAUGCUGCGCUCCUCAGGGAGUGUGUUUCCAAGUUUCAAGACCAGUCAAAACAUAGCUGGCAUGUAUAGAAAGGGCUUUGGAAACAUACGGUUCUUAGCUUCCUGGCGGACUGUGGGCUUGGCCAGGCCUGUUUUGGUAUUGACGGCUUCAUAGAAUAUCGAACAAUCAAAUAAUGAACA